CACACACACACACACACACACCAAAAGGAGCACGUCUCUCUGAACUGGGGCCCUCAGCGAACGUGACGCCUGCUCUCGCUGCCUCUCUCUCUCUCUCAUCAACCAGAUACAAUCAACAGGGAGUCACUUUUCUCGCCUGGUUGCUUAGCAAUGGACGUGGAGCGGAGCUCGGCAUGCGAUGCGGUGGACCCUCCUGAGAAGCAGAGUGGGGACAACCCGUUGGGAGCUUACAAGUGGUUCACGGGAUCCAAACCAAUCACCAGAAGGGGAGAGGAUGGAGAGGAACAGGCAGCUCCGAGGGAGGAGGUCAGGGGGGAAGCUGAGGUGGAAGAGGCAGCUCUGCAGGAGAGGAGGAUGGCUGAGAGGGAAAACCCCGAACGACAUUAUCUGGCCCAUGGUGAAGGGCAAUCACUGCGACCUGUGAAGGACCCACUGUCCAAGAGAGCAAGCUACCAGCGCACUGAGUCUGAGCCUUCCCGACCCAGCAAGGGCCCUGGAACUCUGAGGAAGGUGAAGUCAGACUCGGCUGAAAGGUUUCGGAAGUUUCUGAACUCGUUUUCUAACCGGUUGUCCCGGAAACGUUCCUUCCAGGAGCCAGCCUCAGAACAUUCCCAACAAGAUAAUGUCGAUGCAGCAGCUCCAUCCGUGGCUCAGAGCCCUCCCAUUUCAUUGGUGCCAUCAGCAGGAGUGCCAGUCUGGGAUGUCAAUAGCUGUACUCUCGUCAAUGGUCAGUUGAUGCUGAUGCCCAAAGAUGAUGAGGCUGGCUGCAGAAUUAGGGUAAGGACCAGCAGCUGUAUAUCUGAUAGUAGCCUGAGUGCAUCACAGAAUUGGGAGUCUGUACCUGGCAAAAAGACCCCAGCUUCUGUGAGAAAACUGGAUCGUGGUGGAGGCCCUGGUGAGGGCCCAGUGAACAAUGUGAAGAGCCUGAUCAUCCGAAGAUGGAAGAGGAAAAACCAAAAUCACCUAGAAACACCACAGUCUCCAAACGACAAAAGCUGCAGCGGGCGGAGUUUGACUGGAGCUGUCUCCCAUGAAUCCCUGACAGAAUCCUUGAGCCCGAUAGAAACUCUCGAUCUGUCUAAUGAGACAAAUGUGAUCAUCAGGCCACUCCACAGUAGUAUCCUGGGAGAGAAAUACUGCUUUGAGGUGAUUAAUUCCCGAGGGAGCCGCUGUUUUGGCUGCACGUCUGCUGCCGAGAGAGACAAAUGGAUCGAGAAUCUUCUUCGAACAGUCCAGCCAAACAAGGAUAACUGCGAGCGGGUGGAGCACAUGCUGAGCCUCUGGGUGAAUGAAGCCAAGGACCUGACCCCCCGGAAGAAGUACUUCUGUGAGCUGCACCUCGAUGGCUCACUGUAUGCGCGCACCACCAGCAAGCUCAGCCAGGAGGAGCUGUUCUGGGGCGAGCACUUUGAGUUCAGCAACCUGCCCCCGACAAAGGAGGUCACCUUGCACCUUUUCCGAGAUGAGGACAAGAAGAGGAAAGAGAUGACUGCUCUUGGCUCUGUCACCAUCCCUCUUGCCGAGGUGACUGGCCGCCAACAUGUCGAGAAAUGGUACAACAUCAGCAUGCCACUGCUGAAUAAGGGCAAGGCCAUUGUGCCAACCAUCCGCAUUAACCUGCGCUAUCAGAAUGUCAAGGUCCUGCCAAUGAUACACUACAAGGAGUUUGCAGAGUACCUCAUCUGUAACUACACCACCCUGUGUUCUGUGCUGGAGCCAGCUCUGAAGGUGAAAGAUAAGGAAGAGGUGGCCUCUGCCCUGGUCCACGUCCUACAGAGUGUCGGAAAAGCCAAGGACUUUCUGAUUGAGUUGGGGAUGGUGGAGGUUGACCGUUGUGAGGAGAAACACUCUGUGCUCUUCCGAGAAAACACGUUGGCCACCAAGGCCAUUGACGAAUACAUGAAGCUUGUUGGACAGAAGUAUCUGGUGGAAACACUUGGAGAAUUUGUGACGAGGCUUUACAACCCAGAGGAAAAUUAUGAAGUUGAUCCCAACAAAUGUUCAGGCAAUGAUGUGUCAGAGAAUCAAGCCAACGUGAAGACCAUCUGUGAAGAGGCUUUUCAGCAAAUCACUGAUUCCCAUCGCAUCUUUCCAGACGAGCUGAGAGAGAUAUUUGCAACUUGGCAGCAACAAUGUUUGAGUCGAGGGAAAGCAGAGAUUGGGAUGAGGAUGAUCUGUGCCUCGCUGUUUCUGCGAUUUCUCUGCCCUGCGAUAAUGUCGCCCAGUCUAUUCAAUCUGACCCAGGAGUAUCCCAACGACAGCACCGCACGGACUCUCACACUCGUCGCUAAAGUCAUUCAGAACCUGGCCAACUUUACCACGUUUGAAGACAAAGAGGGCUACAUGACCUUCAUGGAUAAUUUCCUGGAAUCAAACUGGGAAAACAUGAAAUUCUUCCUGACAACCAUUUCCAACCUGGAGCCCAGCGUCAACAAUUCGGAAUUUGAAGGUUGCAUUGACCUUGGCCUGGCUCUAUCCAUCCUGCACUCUCUUCUCUGUGACAUUAUGUCUCGGUUGCAGCAGCGAGAACUGGCCAAACUGCGACCUCUCCCUGCCAUUCUCAACGGAAUCACCCACUCACUGAAAAACCCAAACAUACCACUGCUCCAGCACCAAGACUUCGGUGAGUAUUGCCGGGAAGACAAGCCAGUCUACGUAGCGCCCAAGAAUGUCCAGACAGUGAGUGCCUCGCUGCUGAGCCUGAACCAGUGUCCCCAGGAACAGCACCAGCUGAAGUGCAGUGGGAAACAAGACAAGGCAAUGUCAGUGGUGAAACGGACCCAGAGUGCUCCGGCUCGGAAAAGACCGAACAUCUCCCGGCAGCACUCGGCGCUGGAACCGGCGUCUGGGGUGGAUGGGCACGCCAGGGAAGACACGCUCGCAAACUUACCAGAGAAAUCUUACGCUACCCUAACCAAGGUUCCCCUGUCUGAUUCCCACUCCUUAAAGUCAUCGCACACCUGCCCACAAAGCAACCCGCGCCUCAGAAUGCAGGGCCACAAUCCCCGCCUGAUGCCAGUUGACUCAUUCAGAAAGUCUCAAGUUCCGUGGGAGCGCAUCUCUGGACAUGAGGAGUGGUCCUGUCAGGCAGAGACAGGAAGACAAGACUUCAAACCCUUUGAGAAGCAUGAACAAGACAUCUCGAGCCUCCAGCAAAACGUGCAGACCAUCAACGAGGAGCUGAAGCAGUUUAAGAACCACAUUGACGAGCAUGUUCAGAGAGUGCUGCAGGAGAGCGAAGAGAGGCAGAAAGCCCAACUGGAGGAGAAGGACAAGCAAAUAAAGGAUCUGAGCACCAGACUUGAAGCAGUUGAAGAGGAGAGGAGGAAGGACAUUGAAAAAUUAGAGCUUGCUGCCCAGAACCGGCAGAAAAUUGAGUCUUUGGAAAAUUGCUUCACUGCACUGCAGGAAGAACAUAAGGAAUUGCUGCUCUCUAUCAAGGGAUUGAAGGACAAUCACCAACCAGCGGACUCCAACCACGUUGCUCCAUCGAGCUCCACGCCCAAGGCUCCAUCCAAAUCCAAGCCUGCCCUCGCGGCCAAUUCCAAGACAGCCCCCAUUCCCACCGAGCUGCUGGUGGUGGAAAAUGGUCAAGUGGAGGUCAACAGUUGCUAAGGGCUGCCCUAGACCUUUCAGAACCACGUUUCUCCCACCGGAUCGGGAAGAGCUGGGAAAUGUGCACAUUUUUCGUCAUCCCCCUCCUUCCAUUCCAGCAGCUUGAGUGCGCGUUGACGUUGCUGUUCAUCCUCCUUGUACCAGUGAGGACUGGGCCUUAAAUGUAAUGUAGUGACGUGCCUGGAGUGUGGGUUACAGUUACUGGUACCCACUCAACGUCAUUGCAAAUGUUGACAUUAUUGUCAACCGAUCAUGAGUAACAGGGCAAGAAUGGGGUGGUGGGGGCAGAGGUGGCAGGUUUCCAAUUCAUUCCAGCCAUGGACUGUACCCCACAGAAAUAGACCACUUCGCCCAAUUGGCACAGACUGUUGUUUAUGUCCCAAGUACCCCUCCUCAUAACACAAUGUUCUGGGGACAUGGGUUUGAAUCCCGCAACAGCAGGUGGUGGAAUUUGAAUUCCAUGCAAUUCUGGAAUUAAGUGUCUAAUGAUGAUCCGUCGUCGAUUGUCGGAAAAACCCAUCUGGUUCACUAAUGCCCUUUAGGGAAGGAAACUGCCAACCUUACCUGGUCUAGCCUCCAUGUGACUUCAGACCCACAGCAAUGUGGUUGAGUCUCAGUAGGCAGCUAGGGAUAGGUAAUACAUGCCAGCCUAACCACUGAUGCUGUCAUCGUGCAAACGAAUGAACAAAUAAACCCUUUUCAUCUUAACCCCAUCAUAUAACCAGGAGACUACAUUAGAGGAACUUGCAACAUUGGAAGCAGUGUGUCCUCUUUAAGCACCUGUUCUUCUUUCCAGAUUUAUUUUAGUGCUGCUCAGGGGAUGGUAUCUUAAGCUCUCCCUGGUAUUUCCUGCGUAUUUCUGGAGGUAGAUUACAAAGAACAAAGCCACUCUACUUUUUGCACUAUUUCGCCAGUUUCCUGCACCUAGUCCCUUGCAGGGUCCUGCCUUAUAUUGCCAAAUCGAAGCAAAGAGAUCAGCAGCGCUCUAAUAUAUCCACUAGUUCUCACUCCAAAGAGAAUUUCUUUUUUAAAUAAUUUUUUUUGUAUCCUUGGGAUAUGGUUGUCAUGAGCAAGACCCAGCAUUUCCUGCCUCUCCUGAUUGCCCACGAGAAGGGGGUAGUGAGCUGCCUUCUUGAACCACUGCAGCCUGUGUGUUGUAGAUAAACCCACAGUGGUGUUAGCUCAGGAUGUAUUGACCUAGUGAUAUUUAACUCUUCGUCGGAAAGGUUGCAUGACGUCUUGGGGAGAGUCCGCCUGUUGAGGGGAUGACAUUUUGAAAUCAAAGGGAACAUUUUGUGAACAACACCAUGUAAUAUUUCUGUACAUUUGUAAAAUAGCAUGAGCUUUAGGCAUGGUAAAGUAUCAACAUAUUCCAGAACUGGUUGCUUCGUAGUUUGGUUUUGAAAUGCAAGAUUCUGUGUUUGUCUGCACUGUUAUAGCGAGCUAAUUCAAUGUAUUUCUGGAAUGAAGUAUCUAAUGAUGACCGUGGAUCCAUUAUCGAUUGUCAGAAAGACACAUCAGGUUCACUUGUUCGAUUUAUAAAAUGUUUUGAGGAUCAGUUUCAAGUCCUGGUUUAUACAAUAUACAAUAUAGUUUGGGUUUUACAGCUUAACAGCACCAAUUUGCAUCUAUUUUGCAUCCCUAGUGCAGCAAAAUAUUCCAAGGAAGUUUGUGGGAGCAUUAUAAGGGAGAAAUUGUCACAUAUGUUGGCCAUGGAGGUCAAAAUGUUUAACUUUUAAGGGGAAUCUUAGAGGAACAGUGAGGUGGAGUAGUGGCGAGGACAUUGAAACAAGAUUAGGCCAUUCAGCUCUUUGGUUACUGUUUGAUGAAAUUGUUAUGAGGAAGCCAGGUAGGUCCAGAGCUUAGGAGCUCAGCGCCUGAAGGCACAACGUAGGGGGCUGAAGAGGCAGAUAUAUCUGCAUCGUGCAAGAUGCCAGACUGUUGUGGAUCUACAGAAGGUUUCAAGGACAGAGCGGGUGAAGACCAUAGAGGGAUUUAAAGACCAGAAUGAGAAUUCAAAACUGAGGCACGAUGGGGCCGAGAUCAAUGCGCGUGGGUGUCUUGGGAUGUAUGCACUGAUGCAAGUUAGACACUGUUGUUUGCUGAGUUUUGGGUGAAAUCAAGUUCACAGAGAUUAGAAGACCAACCAUUGCAAUAGUCAAAAUGAGAGUUAUAAAAGGAACUGUCAAAGGGUUUCAGCCACAGGAUCAUUUGAAGCAGGGAUAGAGAUGGUCACGCAGGGAGCACAUGUCAAACUGAGUUAUGUCAGGGGCCAGGCAGGGGACAUUGCAGCCACUUGUGAAGAGACAUAGAAAAGUUUUAAUUUCACUACUUGGUUGCACAAAUUCUCAAAAACUCAAUUGGUUGAGCCUCAGUUAUUCAGAGAUCAGGAAGGUCACCACCAAAUGUCAGUGCAGUGUGUAGGCAUGAGGGACCACUUUGUGUAGGUUACCACAGCGUUAGCUGCCAUGUUCUGAGGUGACGAUGUGUGACCACCAUCUCGUAAGGAAAAAAAAAUUAAAACUAUUUGUAUGUACUUCACCAUUCUGGCCGUGGGAUUGUCUGAAAUUCUUUUUGGCAUCGUGAGUGAUGUUUCAAACUGGUAAUAAAUAAUGACGGUUAUGCAGUUAA